GUCAGACAACGCUCAGGGCGUCAAUUCACACACAUUCACGGUCCACGCUUGUAGCCAUGGAAACCUGUCGAUGGCAGCAUCCAGCAGUCUGCUCGGACAGACAGCCUCAGAGGUGCUGAGUGUGAGCAGCUGUACGGCGUCCCCUAAAUCAAACGCUGCAAGAUGGCGAUGGCGAGGCUGUUGGCUUGCUUUGUUCUGUGCUCCAGCCUAGUACACAUUCCAUCGUCGUUUGGAGUAAUCCUCCGAACCACAGACAAGAUUGUUUGGGCAAAUGAGUUUGAGCCCAUUGAACUGACCUGUUUGAUAGAGUCCAUUUCGACAAACAACCCCAGGAUAGAGUGGAAGAAGAUCAAAAACGGGGUUCCCAGCUAUGUUUACUUUCAGAACAAGAUAUCAGGGGACCUGGAGAACAGAGCUCAGCUCAGAGAGCCAGCCAACAUUCUGAUCUUCAACACCUCUCGAGCAGACACCGCAGAGUACCGCUGCGAAGUGGCCGCCAUCGAAGAUCAAAGAGACUUUGAUGAGAUACUCAUUAGUCUCGCAGUUAGAGUGAAACCUGUGGUACCACGGUGCAGUGUACCAGAGUCGGUCACAGUGGGAACAUCCACAGAGCUGCGAUGUCUGGAAAACGAAGGUUUUCCUGCUUCUCAGUACCGCUGGUUCCACAACAACGAGGAGCUUCCUCAGGAUCCGAAAACCAGCCAGAGAUUCCUCAACUUCUCCUACAUCAUCAACCCUGACACUGGAAGCCUGAAAUUUCGACGUGUGAGAAAAGAGGAUGCAGGCGAGUACUACUGCCAGGCAAAGAAUGAUGCUGGAUAUGCACAGUGCCCUCCAAAAACAAUGGAAGUCUGUGACAUCGAUGUCCUUGGAAUUUUCCUCCAGUCUUGCGGUGGACUAAUGGCAGUUGUCACUUUGAUUUUUGUUAUUUAUGUGAUGAAACGUUUGUGCUGUUACAAAAGUGUUUACAAUGGAAACAAUUACAAUACUCCAGCACAGGCUCCUGCUGUUGAUUAUGCUGAUGCAGAUGAGGGUCAUUUCCGCCACAAGUCUUCCUUCAUCAUUUGACAGAAGUCAUGGGGAGAAGCUGGUGGAUGAAACAGAAAGCUCUUAAGGUUACCUAGCAACAAUGAUGCUCAAGCUAAUGACAUCUAAGGUGUAACAUGGCACAUUACUCUCAGAUGCACAUCAACUCAACCGACUUGCCAAAGUACUCAUCAAAUUUGUGGCACCAAAUAUUUUUACAGCACAUUUCUUUUUUAUCUUGUUUCGUUAAACAACUGUUUUUUUUUUUUCGUGUUCGAGUUUCUUUACCAACAUGUUUGUUUGUACAACAAAAGCAUUUAAAAGCUGUGAAAUUUAAUAUUUGAUAUUUGGCCCUCAGUGAUAUUGCAAGUUACUGUAAGCUACAUCCCUCUCCUUUUCUUUUAAAUGGUCCUUUUUUAUAUAGUCCUUCAAUUUUUUACGGAGCGAACUUGUUUUUGAAAACUUUUACAUUAGAUCAAUAAAACAUGUCCUUAAUAGUUUCACUUACAGAUGAAUAUUGUAUAUAUACUGUAGAUAGACAGGAAAAAAGUAGCAGACUGUAAAAGGCUGAUCAGAUAGAACUCAUAAGGCACACUUUAUCAGCCCUUUUUUAUAUUAUGUUCUUGAAUAUACUAAAUAUGUGAGUGUACAGAUAAAAACAAUACAUUUUAAAAGUAUAUCAAACUAUGCUGAAAGUUAACAUUUACCAAAAAAAAGUGUUCAAAUAAUUUUUGGGGAGUGCUGUUUAUAAGUGACCUUUUCGUGUAACAAGUUAUUUUGUGAUUAUAGGACAUAUUGUCCAGUUGUGAUUCAGUAUUAUUUGAACUUACAUAAAUACUAUUUUCAUUUGAAUGCACCACACUAGAUAACUUAUUGUAAAUAGUAGAAUAAAUUGUUUGUUGCAAAUAAAUUUCACUGUAUUCACUUAGUGUGUUUUGCAGUGUUGCGUCUGUCAGUAGCAACAGUUAUCUCUAUGCAGGCGUGUGUAAAUGUUUAUGUGUAACAACUCAGGAACUGUUGUAAAACGUCUGCUGUUUAUUUGAUAUUCAUGUUACACGUUAUUUUGUUACUAUUAAAUACAUUUCAACUGC